CUUUCUGACUUUCUGCGUGUGGUAGUGUGUUACCAAAUCUUCGAAAGAGGUAAAAACGAAAUAUUUUUCUUGACUGAAAAGUUUUUAGCAAGUUGAAAAAAGACAGUGUAAAGUCGGUUAUUGUGUACGAACGUUUGAAAAACUGUAGCAACAGUUGUAACGGGAUUAAAACCGAGAUUUGAGAAGUUGUUAAGUUAUUUAAAUAAUGAUGUUUACCAUAAUGAUUUGAUAUAAAUAAAAGUGCUGUAGUGCUCCCGAGAAAUUAUCAAGUUUUUGCGAAAUAACUGGAGAUUGUCAUUCAGAGAAUAAUUAUUGUAGAUCAUAUUGGUAUUUUUGCGUAUGGUAUGCAAAUCGAACAUUAUAAAUAUUAUCCAUUUGCAGUUGGACUGUUGUAAAUAAAACAGUUUUUAUCGCUUUACAAAUAGAUGUUAAAAAUAACUUUUUAUUCGUAAAUGAUCACGUGAAUAUAUACACAAAGGAUACAAUAAUCGUCAUCGUGUUGCUGGAUUAUCUUGGAGAUUCUGAAUAGCCGACCCAAAUUCUUCGUUUUGGAUUUUUUUUCGAUCCAUGGUUUGCUCGACAGCUGAAAAUCUAACGUGAAGUCCCAGAAGAAGAUUAUCAACAAACAACAUUAUAGCAUGAUUUUCUUAUGAAGGUGAUCCCGGAGUUCCGGUGAGGGGGGAGGAGCCUGGCCAUGCGCCUGGGCCUGGCUUCUGUGCUGGUCGUGUUGCUGGGUUUCCUCUUUCACACGCCCCUCGUCAUCGCACUCGCUUCUCGCACGACACAGGAUGACGACGUUUCGGCCUCCUCGACAUUCUCAGGCUCGGGCAACUAUUCUUUGGCAGGCAGUUUCCGGCGCUCGUUAGACGAUCACGCCAACAACCACAUUGACGAGUUUGAAGUCGACGAGGUGUCGAGGGACUUGGGAAAAGGGGGUCCUCUAGUUGGAGAUUUGAAAAAGACUGAUAAUAUUGUGAAGAAGACGUUGUACGUCGGGUAUUUGACGGCCGUCAGGCAGUUGAAAGAGCGGCAAGGUCUGGCUAUUUCUGGAGCUAUCAAGAUGGCUUUAGAUCAGGUAAAUAAUAGUACCAGCAUACUACCGAACGUGCAUCUCGAAUUAAAAUGGAACGACACCAAAGGCGAGACUGUUUUGGCGACGAAAGCGAUGACGGACAUGAUCUGCGAGGGCGUAUCUGCGUUCUUCGGACCGGAGGGUACUUGUCACGUCGAGGCCAUCAUUUCUCAAGCCAGGAAUAUACCUAUGAUAAGUUACAAAUGUUCAGACUACAAGGCUUCAGAAGUACCCACCUUUGCGAGAACUGAACCGACUGACACGCAGGUUACCAAAUCUGUUAUAUCCCUUUUAUCCUAUUACAAAUGGAAGAAGUUUUCCAUCAUCUAUGACCAAACCUACGCCACCGUGGCGACAUCGUUGCAAGAGCAGGCCACGGAGAGGAACAUGACCGUCAAUUUCAUGAAGGAAGCCAUGGAUUCGCACAAUUGCUGUCAAAAUAGUUUGCCAUGUUGCCAAAUCUCCAAUUGGUACAGUAUAAUCCAGGAUACCAAAAAUAGGACAAGAAUUUAUGUCUUCAUUGGGACGCCAUUGGCCUUGGUGGAACUUAUGGACGCAAUGCAAACAUCCAAGUUAUUCGAUAAAGGCGAAUAUUUCCUAAUCCACGUAGAUAUGAACACCUACUCCGACGAGUCUGCUUACCAGUAUCUAUGGAUACCUAAAUAUUUGACUAAAUAUCAGAACUGUAAAGACUUGGGUGAUCCCAGCGGCUCCCAGAAGAGGGCGCAGUCUUUGUUCGUCAUUGCGCCCACCGCUCCUACUGAAAACUUCCAGGAAUUCACCGCCAAAGUGCAGGAUUAUAAUUCGAAGGAUCCGUUCAAUUUCCCGGUUUCCUCGAUUUUGGCAGGAGAUUUCGAAAAGUUCGUCAGCAUGUACGCAGCAUAUCUUUUCGAUGCUGUACAGCUGUACGCUUCGGCCUUGGACUAUCUUUUGCGCCAAGAAAAGGUGCUGACUGAUACCGUUAUAGCCGAAGUGGCAAGCAACGGGACGAAGAUCAUAGAAACCAUUAUCAAGAUUAACGGAACAUACAAAAGUAUAACCGGCGCAUUGAUGAGAUUGGACAAAAACGGCGAUUCCGAAGGAAAUUACUCUGUGAUAGCUUUUUCUGAACCUAAAAUUAAGAACGUCAGGUAUAACUUUAGUUGUGAUUACCAAAUGAGACCUGUCGGUCAGUUCUAUCAGUCCUCUGAAGCCAACAACUCGCUUCCAAGAUACGAACUGAACGCAAAUACCCAAAUCUUCUGGCCAGACGGCUACAACAGACCUAAAGACCAACCCAGUUGCGGCUUCGACAAUGAGCUCUGUCCCAAACCGAACACGCAACUCAACAGCAUCAUCGCUGCAGGGGUUCUCGCCAUUAUGCUCUUCUGUUUUGGAGUAAUCACCAUGAGCAUAUACAGAAAGUGGAAGAUAGAGCAAGAAAUAGAGGGGUUGCUGUGGAAGAUCAGCCGGGAAGAGAUUCAGGAUUAUUUUAACAGAGACAUCGUCUCGAGUCCAAGCCGGUUGAGUCUGGCUAGCGCUAGUACGUACGAAUCCAGGGGCGGCCUUCAGGUGUUCGCUACCACGGCCCAAUACAGGGGCGUAGUCGUUAGGAUAAAAGAAUUGAACUUUACGAGGAAAAAGGACAUAUCGCGCGAAGUUAUGAAAGAGAUGCGUCUGCUGAGGGAACUUAGGCACGAUAACGUCAACUCUUUCAUCGGAGCCUGCGUGCAGCCCACCUCAAUUUUACUAGUCACUGAUUAUUGUGCCAAAGGAAGUUUAUACGAUAUUGUAGAAAAUGAAGAUAUUAAGUUGGACAAAAUGUUUGUAGCGUCUUUAGUUCAUGAUCUCAUCAAGGGUAUGUUGUAUAUACACAAUUCAAUGUUAGUUAGCCAUGGUAAUUUAAAGUCUUCAAACUGUGUCGUCACCAGUAGAUGGGUGCUCCAAGUAACAGAUUUUGGUUUGCCUGAAAUGAGGCAGUGUGCAGAAAGUGAUAGUAUAGGUGAACACCAGUAUUAUAGAAAUUUAUUUUGGAAAGCUCCAGAAAUCUUAAGACACCCUAGUCAUUAUCUUCGCGGGAACCAAAAGGCAGACGUCUACAGCUUUGCCAUUAUUCUUUACGAGAUUCUCGGAAGAAAGGGGCCAUUUGGCAUCACUGGAUAUGAACCAAAAGAGAUAGUAGAUAUGGUGAAGAUACCGAAUGGGGAGGAACCUUUCAGACCCGACGUACACGCAUUGUACGAUUCCGAAUUAGGCUGUGAUGAUUAUGUUAUACAAUGUAUGAAAGACUGCUGGGCCGAAAAUUUAGACGAUAGACCGGACUUCGCUACUAUACGGACGAGGUUGAAGAGAAUGAAAGACGGAAAGAAUAAGAAUAUUAUGGAUCAGAUGAUGGAGAUGAUGGUUACAUACGCAAAUAAUUUAGAAGAACUGGUUAACGAACGAACGAGAUUAUUGUACGAAGAAAAGAUGAAAACUGAGGAUUUGUUGCAUAGGAUGUUGCCAAAACCUGUAGCACAAAAACUAACCAAAGGACUCGGCAUCGAGCCCGAAUCAUUCGACUUGGUCACCAUUUACUUCAGCGACAUCGUCGGUUUCACCGCGUUGUCGGCAGAAAGCACGCCCUUGCAAGUGGUUAAUUUUCUCAAUGAUCUCUACACAGUAUUCGACAGCAUCAUCAAGGGCUACGACGUCUACAAGGUGGAAACAAUCGGUGAUGCCUAUAUGGUGGUGUCUGGCUUACCUAUAAGAAACAUGAACAGACAUGCCGGUGAGGUGGCGUCUAUGGCUUUGGACCUACUAGCAGCUGUCAAAAAUCACCAAAUACCUCAUAGGCCGGGUCAUUCGUGCUGUAUACGCAUCGGCAUUCAUACAGGUCCUGUAGUCGCUGGUGUAGUAGGUUUGACGAUGCCAAGGUACUGCUUGUUUGGCGACACAGUCAACACAGCAUCUCGAAUGGAAAGUAACGGAGAGCCUCUCAAGAUACACAUCAGCGCCCAAUGUAAAGAAGCUCUGGAUAAACUUGGAGGUUACACCGUGGAGGAAAGGGGUAUAGUGAGUAUGAAAGGAAAAGGAGAGGUUAAGACGUACUGGUUGACGGGAGCGACGGAGCUAGCGAUACAGAGGCGCGAGGUCGAUCUGGCUGAGUUACCUCCGUUAUUUUGUCGACCUAGAAAGAGUCCAAAGCUUAAUUCGGAUUCUAGACAGCCAUCUGUGUGUAUAGGAUUCGAAGGCCUGCACAGUAGACGGCAUUCUAGUGUACCGAGAGGUGCAAGUAUAGAAGUGGAAAGCACGUCAACUAUCCAAAAUUCUCCGGUGCCCAAUCAGCACCUUCGUCUAAACCGCCAUUUGACUGUUCCAGACUCGGGAGGGUCUAAAUUGACUAUCAAUACUGCGUUCGGCAGCCAGCUUAUCGAGCUGUCGGAGGAGAAUAAAAAGCCGCGAACGAGGCGAAUGCUGUCCAGCAUAGCCUCGAGUUGCGAUGAACAACAAAGAAGUCAGGGAAUGCUGAACAAGAUCCGUGAAUCCAAAUCGCUAGACCCGCUUCCGAUGUCAAAAUCCAACAAAGCCUCGGACCUUCUCGACAAAUUCUUAAACGGAGGAAGGAGAUCCAUGAGGUCCUUAGAGAAUUGUGACAAAAUCAGCGAGAUCCAAAUCAUAGCUCUACCCGAGGACAAGAUGAUCAAUAAUAAUUUCCCCAACGGGAAUAUCUUAAAUAUCCCAAGGGAAACUAUCAAUGUUUAUGGGGAUGACGUCCAGUCCCCACUCCUCAAUACCAAUAGUCAGCUUCCGGUUACUAUAAGGAGGAGAGGGGGCAGUGCUGUCGAUGAUAUGCCAGAGAGUGAGUUCUCAAAGAAGUGGCGGUCUUUGGAAGCAGUGUCAACAUCUUGCGCCCAACUAUCUGACGUUCCCAGCAAAAAGUCCAUCUCCAAGAACGUGAAGAGCUGGCUUAUGGGUCUGUUUAACAGUAAUAGCAUCAAAUCCAGCAAUACAUCCCUGAGAAAGGGUGUUAUGAACGAAUACAACAAUCUACAACCAGAAAAGGAAAGCAUAGUUUAGGAAAAAUCGAAAUAUUGGAGAUACUGUGGAAGUUAAAACUCUUUUUAAGUCAAUUUAAAGUUGUUUAGGAGUUUAUGUAAAAUUUUAUUAGGUCGGAUUCUUCGGCGGUUGUUUUAAGUGGGAAAUACACCAUUCAAUUGGGUUGAACAAUGUGGAUGAUUCAAUGAAUCAUGUAUUCUGCAAUUCAGUAAAAGCGUUCAACAAAAUUGAACGUUGAAAAAAGUUAGACAAUUUCUACUUUCGUUCAACUUCGUUGAACAACUGGGAUGAAUCAUUCACAUUGACGCGACUAUACAAGUUUUGUCGAGUGUGUUCGAUUCAACCGUUUAUUUCAUUUUGACUGAUAUAAAUAGUUUCAUUUAUCAAUGAUGCAUAGAUGGAAAGACGAAAAGACUCCUAUAUUUCUCGACUUACAAUAUAAAAAUCACGAAUUGAAUCAUCCACAUUGUUCAACCAAAUUGAAUGAAAAAUAAAUGAAGCGUGUAUAUGUAUGCUUUGCAAUUUGGUUGAACAAUAUCAUUGAGUCAUCCACAUCGUUCAACCGAAUUGAAUGGUGUAUUUCCGCCUUUAGGUAGCACCUUGGAUUAUCUACCCCAAUGGGGUGCCAUUCUAUCAAAAGAAUAGAAGAAUUCUGUUCACUAAAUAUUUUAUGAUAUGUAAAAUCAUAUAAAAAGUCUAUGAUAUAGUAAAACUAUUCAGUGUGGGGCGUUUUCUACUUAGCUAUUAAAAUAUUUCCAAAAAUGUUGGAUAUUUGGCACAUUGUCAAUCAAAAAUGUAGUUUUGUGAUGAAAGAAAGGUUGUGGCAAAGAGUUUAUGUAAGUAUAUAUACUGUUAUAUACAUAUAUUCUUAACUCACCGGCACAAAAUUCCGCCACCCAAAAUAUUUGAUUAAGUUUGACAAUCUAUAACUUUCUUAUUUUUACUCCGAAUUUCAAGAUUCUUGCAUCAGUUUGUAGGUACAUGUAUUGAUGUCGUUCAGUAUUAUUCCGGUAACAAUAUUGUUUGCUUAAACGGCAUUAUACGAGGGUGAAUGGAAACGUUGUUUUUUCUCCCAACUUUAAAAAAUUGUGUGGAAAAAUUGGAGGGCUGAUUUUGUUUCAUACUUUUAUAUUAUCCUGGAGGUACCACUAAGGUUUUGUUUUGUGAAUUAUCCGAAUAUAUCUUUUCUUGUAAGAGCUGUAAAUAAAAACAGUGCUUUGAAGAUUUUUUUAAUUAAAAAUAUCAAACCCACUAAAAUGAACAAAACAAAAUAAAAUUUACAACAAAACAAAACAAUUCAAUAGCGGGUAUGUCCACCUCUUGCAGCAACGACUGCUCGCAAUUUGUUUGGCAUCGAAUAAAGAUGUUUUAUCCUUGCCUGGGGAUUAGCCCGAUAUUCCUCUACCAGGGCCAUGUGGCGACACGCUUUAAUUACUAUUUUUGCUAAUUUUAUUUUUUUAAUAACGUUUCUCAAGACGGUCAUAUAAAAUUCACAUUUAAUAUACAAAUCGGAUGCUAAGAAGUUUUACGAAACGAAAUGUAUCCCUAACCAUAUGUUUUUGGUGUGUUCAGUUUAAUAAACUGAAUUCCCCAUAAAUUAAUUACCUUAUCAGACCUUAUGUCAACGCACUUUGGAAAUGCAUUCGAAGACGUUUCUUAAAACUACAGAAAGGUUCUGAGCUUUUAAAGCGCCAGAUGUAGUAAUUUAUUGCCUUUUCUAGCCAUAUUGUAAAACCGCAAACAUGAUGACCGUGUUGUGGUCUCUGAAGUAUCGUCACGGCAGACACGCAGUUCAGACGCACCGUCGCUGCCCUCAAACAAUAAAUAUCCCUCUUACGAGAUGAAUAAGCACGCCUUUUAACCAAAAAUAAAAUAAAUAUUACUGUUCGUUGUUUACACUUAUUUUAAUCAAUUCCAUUUACUCACUUCCUCACAUCGGAACAGCCAUAACUGUACCAAAUUUUCUGGAGGCCUAGGAUGACGGCGAAUAGCUUUUUUUAAAUUCAUCCCAUAAAUGCUCAAUGUGAUUGAGAUCUGGGCUGCAUGCGGGCCAUUUUAAUCUUAUCAAUCCAACCUCUAUUUUAUGAGUCCAUCAGUGUUUUUAUUUACAAAAAAUGUUACAGCUCUUAUAAGAAAAGAGAUAUUAUUCGGAUCAUUCCAAAAACAAAAUUUUAGUGAUGCCUCCGGGAUAAUAUGACAGGACUAUGAAACAAAAUCAGCUCUUCCAUUUUUCCACAGAAUUUUUUAAAGUUAGGAGAAAAUACAACGUCCAUUCACCCCUGUAUAAUGCCAUCCAAGCAAAAUGUUUGUAUUGCCGGAAUAAUACCAAACGGUAUCAAUACAUGUACCUACAAACUGGUGCAAGAAUCUUGAAAAUAGGAGCACAAAUAAUAAAGUUAUAAAUUGUCAAACUUAAUCAAAAAUUUUGGGUGGCGGAAUUUUGUAACGGUGAGUGUAUUUGCUUUAAUUAGUCACAGGAUUAUCGUUUCUUUGGUAAGAUGCUCCUCUGCUCACUAGUAUUAUAUUUCAGUUGAAUCUUCGACUAUACUACUGUCUGGCCAAAUUCACUUUGUAUUUGAGAUGCGCACAAAGAUAACGGAAACCAUGGGUGGAACUCUAUUUUGGUACUGGGGGUUGUUACUCCCGAGGAUGGGGUUGAUUAAGUUGAAACACCAAUUACCGAAAUAUAUUUAUUUAAGGAACAUCUGAGCGUUCUAGAUUGACUGGAGAUCUUUGGCAACAUCACUGACUGACGAAAACAUUUGUUAAGGUUUAUUGUACCAUUUAAUGUGUCUACAACAAUAAUCAAUUGAUAUUGUUAUAAAUAAAGACUUAGUAAGCAUACUAGCAUAUAUCUUCAUAAAGAAUUGUAUCUUGUGGCUUAAUUAAAAGCAAAUAGGAAAAGUGCAGGUGCUAUGUAAGAUUUGGCAUUCUCAAAAGAAUAUAGAACAAUUUUGGGUGGUUUUUGUACAAUAGUGCAAUAUUAUUAUAUAUUUCCAAAGAAAAAUAUUGGUCGUUUAUUCCCAUUUAGUAUUUCCCUACAGUUUUAUCUGCUAUUUUGUUGAUUCUUACUUGUUUUAUAGGAUAUCUACAUACCAUUACAAUUAAAGCACAUAUCCUAUUGUUUCACCAAACGAUAUAUUUAUACCCUGAUUUUUCAAUGGCCCAAAGAUAUGAAAAUCGCUAGGUGAUAAAUCUGGACUAUAAGAUGGAGGCUCUAAUAUUCUUCAUUAAUUUCGUUGUAGAUUUUCUUUUACUAUUUUUUUAUUUGUAAGUUUUUGUCUUAUUGCUUGAUUGAGCUUGUUGUAAGUUUCAUUAUACGGGUUCUGUAAAUUCUAUAAGCAAGCGUUUUUCAUGGUUGAAAAAAAAAAGAUUAACAUUACAUUGACUGCAGAAGAAACUCUUUAUUUGUUUUUUUAACUAUUCAAUUUGAUAUUUCUUUCAUCUGCCUUACUUCUCUUGUGUCUUCCUUCUUCGUUUCUACUGUAUAUAUUUAUGUAAAAUACAUUUGUUAUCUUUUUUUGAGCUAUUUUUCACCCAUUUUUCUCUUCAAACCAGUACGAACUUCUUUACUAUGACUUUAUGUUGGUACUAAAUAAAAAAAACCACCCAAAAUAUCAGAUCAUUACCCUAAAAUAAUUAAAAAUUGUCAAUCUAGGGUACGAUCGAAUCAUUCGGCCAAAGUGGUUCAAAAACUAUUUGGUUUGCACCCCCCAAAAUAAGUGCAUUUAAAUUCCCUUAUUGUGAUGAUCAGUGUGAUCUUGCAAGCAAAAAUUUUUAUUUGUUUUAAGAGCAUGUUUUAAAAAAAACGUUUGUUUGUGCUGAAAAGUUUUGUUACGUUGAUUAUUUUUAAUCUUUUAGGUUUUUGUUGUUUCAAAACUGCACAAAAGAAAUGUUUUCUUUGUUUUUUCGGUAUACCAGUGUCCAGACUAUAUGUUCAGUUAAAAAGCAGAAAAUAUUUCUUUUGUGGAAUGGGUGUAUAAAGGGUGGCGUGGUACUGAACGAGAAGAGAUCUACUGGAAAAAUAAGUAAUUAAAUCAUGAGAUUAAAAAGAAUAAUGUCAUUUUGUAAAUAUCGCAAAAAAAUAAUAAUGUUUCAACAUUCUGAUUUCUUUGUCAACUUUUCUUGAUUUUAAUUAUUUUAUUACUCAAUUUUUAAACACUACGGACCGGUUUUUCGAGCGCUAAUCAAGAAGUUGAUUAUAAUCAAUUAGUUUAUUGUAAUCAAUUUUCUUGGUGGGAAUCAAAUCGAGACAUCAAAAAUACAUGUAAAACACUAAUCAUUCAUUGAUUGUAGGUAAAGCAGUAAUUAAAAUAUAGCCGCAGCUGUUAAAUUAUUAAAAAUUGCUUAUUAUUAUUAUUGAUUUGUAAGUAAAAUCAAGAAAUUAACAUCAGAAAGAGUUUAAUUACGGUUUAUUUUAGAUUAAAACGAAAAUAAUAAAAUAAAUCUGUCAAAAAUGUCAACAUAACCUCAAAAUGUGACAUCUGUCAGAAGUACGCUUAAUCAAAUAUAAUUGUAAUUAAAUAUUUGAUAAUGAUCAUUUUGAUUAGCGUUCGAACAACCGGCCCUAAGGGCCAGUUGUUCGAACGCCGGCCCUAAGGGCCAGUUGUUCGAACGCUAAUUAAAAAUGGAAUCCACUGAUCAUUAUUAAAUAUUUAAUUACAAUUUUAUUUGAUUAAGCGUACUUCUGACAGAUGUCACAUUUUGAGGUUAUUUUGACUGAUUUAUUUUAUUAUUUUGGUUUUAAUUUAAAAUAAACCAUAAUUAAACUCUUUCUGAUGUUAAUUUCUUGUUUUUACUUACAAAUCGAUAGCAAUAAUAAUAAGCAAUUUGUAAUAAUUUAAGAGCUGCGGCUAUAUUUUAAUUACUGCUUUACCUACAAUCAAUGAAUGAUUAGUGUUUUACAUGUAUUUUUGAUGUCUCGAUUUGAUUCCCAUCAAGAAAAUUGAUUACAAUAAACUGAUAGAUUAUAACCAACCUAAUCAACUUUUUGAUUAGCGUUCGAACAACCGGCCCUACGAGAAUUUUUAUUUUUUUAAGUGACAUUGUUAACUGUCAUGUAGUUACAUUUGUCAUGUAGUUACUUGUUUGCCCAGUAGAGCAAUCAGUUUGAACUUGCCCAACUCAACCCGUAUUUUUAUUUUGUCGUUAAAAAUUGCAAGAACCAUCAUAUCAGAUAGCCGCAAUAUAUUAAGGAACUGUUUUUAAGUACAAUUUUUAGAUCAGAUAGUUAAAACUAACUAAGUGUUGUAUGUACAGGAUGUUUUAUAUAUGUCAUAUAAUUUUUAAAACUUAAUGAAAUGUGUAAUGUAUGUGAUUGAACUUCUGGGACGAAAUAUUUAAAGGGUUAGAGUGUUAGAGGUUUCUUUAGUUAUAGAGUUGUUAAUUUUCAUGAGAGAAAACUUUAGAAUCUUAAAAAACUUUACAGUGUUGCAUAAAUACUUUACAGUGUUUUUCUUGCUCAGGCGUUGUCAGGUCUCUCGAUGUAUGUAUUUUACAUAAAAAACAAUAAAAAUAGAUAAUCUCCCCACGUCACAGUAAUUUUUGUUUCCAAGUAUGUGGUAAAUAAUUUGUUCCUUUAGCACAAUGACUCUCUAACUAAAGUAACUUCAUAUUUCUGACUGUCUAGGAUUAUGUAAUAUAGCACGAACUAUAACAUAGCACAACAGACUAUAAUUGGGCUUAUUUUCAUGAUGACAUGUUUUAUUGGACACAAAAACUUGUAAUGGUACAAGCACCAAUGAUACCAAUCAUUUAAGUUUUGAUUUUCCUUUUGGACUUCCCCGAAAGGUAAUUUCAAGUUUUAAAAAUGCGGUUGGUACUUGUUGAAGACAAGUAUUGCAUCAUCAGGAUCAUCUUACAUUCCCGUCUAAUCUAUCAGAUGAGUAUUGUCUGCAUUGAUUACUCAGUAGUGGCUUGUAGCUUUUCUAUUACUUACUCCAAUGUAUCUAAUCUGCAAGUCAGCAUAAUAGGCAGCAUUAAUUUUGUCGUUUGUACUUCAGCUCACUGUUUUCCAUGGUCAAUUUAUUGUCUAUUAGUCUUACUAUAUGGCACAUGUACGUAUUAAACAAAAGACAGUAUAAAACCUUAGUGUACACAUAAUUUUCUGCCGAAAUGAUCAGAUUAUCAUCAUCAAUUAGUUCCCAGAGAACCAUCAUUAGAAAGUUCAUCAGUAAGUAUCCCAGGCAACCGAAUAACGUCUACAAAACGUUGAAAAGACGUCAUAAUUAUCACCAAACCACGCCAGUUUGUCACGUUUUUUCGACGUCGAAACUCAUGUGAAUGUGUCCCACUACAACUGACGUCAUUUUUAUCACGUUUUAUAUACGUGAUAUAAAAAACGUAGUUUUUAUGUCGUUUUUUUAAGACAUUUUUCAUUUUAUGGUUUUAAAAAUACACAAUAAUAAUUAUUCGUUAGGGAUAUAACCCAAUAAAGAAAAAAGAAGAAGAAUAAUUAUUCGUAUGGGCAUUGUUGGUAUUGCAAUUUUUCAUUUAACUGUUUUAAAUUUAGCUUAUAGGCUAAAACUAAAACCAAAUGGGAGACUAUAAAAUGCAUAGAAUUACAAUAGGUACCCUCAAUGCAACAUUAUAGAAUUUUCACUUUUUAUAUAGUUAUAGGUACUUACUGUGCCAAAACUGAAACAACAUAGAAACUAAUAAAUAAUUUAUUAACAAAUUAAUUUAAUUAAACUCGAUAACACAUGAUUAGUUCAUUAACAGAAAAUAAUCACCAAAACAAAACAAAACACAUAACCUCAAACCGUUUUCAAGAAGAACUAUUGCAUUAAGCUAACUCACUUGAGAAAAACGAAUAAAAAUCUCCUGAUUAACACGUUUCUUCAACUAAAUAUCUAAAUGAAAAGUCCUAUUUUAUUACACAAAGCACGUAAACGAUAAAUGAAAAAUUUCUUAUGACAAUUUAAGCUUAUAAACGUCAAUAUACAACAUUAACAGUAUAAGCAUUAACUCGUUAAGCUCCUCCCAUUUUUGUGACGUCAGAUUUGGGAUGUCUGAAAUGAAAACGUGUUUUUAAACGUAUUUUAACGUCAUUAAUCUUACGUAUUUAAAAUCACCUACAAAAGACGUUUAUACGACGUAAUGUUCAAACACGUGUAUAUAUUCAACCAAAAGCUGACGUUUCCUCGACGUUAUUGACGUCAUUUGUUUGCCUGGGAUCUUACCAUUCUCUCCGUCUAAUGGUCAAUUUUGCAAUGUUCCUAAUACUUACUAAAGGUAUUUAUUGAGAAAAUUAAGAAACAGGUAGACAUUUCACAUUUCAGUAUGUACAUUUUAAUCUUUUCAUCAUUAUACAAAAUGACGUCACAACUCAACCCGUAUUAAAUUUUUUCAGUCUUUCGAACACUUUGUCAAGGUUUGUGAUGGCUUUUCUACGCUUUUGACACAUGAAAAUGUCAAAAAUGUCGAAAAUGUCAGAAGCGUUGCCUAUAUCUUUUGGCCGUAGUUUCUGAUGUUAUAUAGCCUAAUUUAUCUACAUAAGGUUUUCUUAAGUAGAAUAUAUAAUUAAACGCUUAACGGUGCUCCAUUUUAAAAGUAAGCCCAAUGAUUGUCUCGAUAAAAUUUCUAUUUUGCCUAUUUUUUGAAGAUUAUACUAAUCUGAAUGUUAAAGUUUUUGUACACUUUACUGUUACCAUAGUCUGAGUGUGAUUAGCCGUUUUUUCAAAAAGAUAUAUGUGAUUAUUUUUGUAUCCCGUCAAUUGCAAUGUUGCUGCCUUACAACAUUUCGUUUGGGACCUACUAAGCAGCCAACUAACGGAAAAUUACAUGUUGCUUGAUAGACACUCCCUAUUUUGGUAAUGGUUGGUUGUUUGGUCGGCGUUUUUUAAGUUUUGAAAGACACAGUGAUGUACAACACAGCAAAGCUGAAUCAUAAGAGUAUACGUUUCCAAGAAUGUAAUGUCUUCUGAAUGAACAUUGAUCUAUAGGAGUCAUCUUCUUCAUGUACCAUGUCCUUUUAGAACGUUAGUUACCAUCAUAACUACCUUAAUUUUAUUCACUGUCACCCUAAAUAAUCCGCUUAUAUCAAUACCACACCAUAUCGCAAGUUCUUCAAUCAUGAUGUUCUUCUUCGUCCUGGUCUGCGUUUGCCUGCUAUUUUUCCUUGCAUAAUAUUUUGCAGCAACCUAUAUUUGGGACCUCUCAUUACAUGUCCGAAAUACUCCAGCUUUCUCUUCUUUCUUUUUAUAAUCUCUAGUAUUGUGGAAUUUUGAAUCUUCUCUAUCCAAAAAACUUUUAAAAUUCUCCUAUAGCAUCACAUUUCAAAAGCCUCAAGGCGAUUUAGAUCAAUUUUAUUCACAGUCCAAGACUCGACACCAUAAAGCAAGACCGAGAACACGUAAGCAGCGACAUAGGCGGUUUCACAAUGCCCAUUUUAGGUCUCUGUUACAUAAUAACUUGGACAUCCUUCUAAAAAUGGCUCUGGCCUCCUCUGUUCUGGAUCUAAUUUCACCGUGACUACCUGCAUUACAAUUUAACUGAUAUCCAAGGUAAACAAUUUGAUCAACUUGCUCAAGUUUGGUACUAUUUAUUAUUUUAUACUAUUACAGAGUGAGUCUGUAAUUUGGAAUAAAUUCACUAUCUCAAAUACUGUUUAUUUGAAAAUUGCUCACACUCGUCAAUAAGUAUUUCAAAUUGUCCCUUUUGACAUACAAUAAUAAUGUAUACAAGUUGUCCCAAUUUAGAGAUAUGACGUCAUCGUUGAUUUUUUUAAAUAGCAACACUCUCAUUUUGAUAGCUAUUUUGAUAGAGUGUGUAAAGUUAUACAUAACUGCAAAAUAUCAAAUUUUUAUUCUCUACCAUUUACAAGAUAAUAAAAAAUAACAAAGUUAUGUCUGUGAUUUGGAAUAAAUUCAAUAAUUCAAAAACUAAUUGUUUUUUUGAAAAAUGCUCAGACCCGUCGAUUAGUAUUUCAAAUUGUCAUUUUUGACAUACAAUAAUAAUAUAUACAGGGUGUCCCAAUUUAGAAAUAUGACGUCAUCGUUGAUUUUUUAAAUGGCAACACUGUCAUUUUGAUAGCUAUUUUGAUAGGGUGUGUAAAAUUAUACAUAACUACAAAAUUUCAAAUUUUUAUUCCCUACUAUUUACAAGAUAAUAAAAAAUAACAAAGUUAUGAAAAACAAGUAAUCAAAAAUAAUAAUUGAAUUUAAUUAUAUCAAUAGGGCUUUUCAUCGAUUGUCAUUUGUUUCGAGCUUCUCUCAUGUGUCACAUAAUAUUAAUAUAUCUACGUCAUACGUCUUUGGUUUGUAUUAUUGUAUAUACCAAUAACGUAUGUCGUAGAUAUAUUAAUAUUAGUGACACAUGACAGAAGCUCGAAACAAAUGACUGUGAAUGAAAAGCCCUAUUAAGCAAAAUGCUCAUAAUGUUGCUCUCAAUUAUUGUCAAAUAGUCAAUGGGCAACAUUAUGAGCAUUUGCUUAAUUGAAAUAAUUAAAUUCAAUUAUCAUUUGAUUACUUGUUUUUUAUAACUUUGUUAUUUUUUAUUAUCUUGUAUAUGGGAGGGAAUAAAAAUUUGACAUUUUGCAGUUAUGUAUAACUUUACACACCCUAUCAAAAUAGCUAUCAAAAUGACAGUGUUGCCAUUUAAGAAAAUCAACGAUGACGUCAUCUAAAUUGGGACAUCCUGUAUACAUUAUUAUUGUAUGUCAAAAAUGACAAUUUGAAAUACUAAUCGACGGGUCGGAGCAUUUUAAAAAAAAUUAAUUAGUAUUUGAAUUAUUGAAUUUAUUCCAAAUUACAGACAUAACUUUCUUAUUUUUUAUUAUCUUGUAAAUGGUAAAGAAUAAAAAUUUGAUAUUUUGCAGUUAUGUAUAACUUUACACACCCUAUCAAAAUAGCUAUCAAAAUAACAGUGUUGCCAUUUAAGAAAAUCAACGAUGACGUCAUAUAUUAUCUCUAAAUUGGGACACUUUGUAUAAAGGACAAUUUGAAAUACUAAGCGACGGGUCUGAGCAUUUAAAAAAAAAACGAUUAGUAUUUGAGAUAUUGAAUUUAUUCCAAAUUACAGACUGACUCUGUAUUGAUGGUUUUAUAUUCUGUUGUUUACUUAUUACGAUUAUUUUGGUUUUCCGUAUUUCCAGAUCCAGAUCUGCUUGCUUACAGCUCUCAAGGACACUAUCAAAUAAUAAUUGCAUACCUUCUUGAGUAUAAGCUAUGAGUACUGUGUCGUUCGCAUAUUGCAAAUUAUUGAUCACUUCACCAUUCACAAUUAUUGUUUCUUGUUUUUUAGAAAGGGCGUUUCUGCAAAUUCUUUCGGAAUAAACGUUGAAAAGCACGGCCGACAAGAGUUAUCCCUGCCGUAUUCCUCUUUUAAUAUUAAGAGCCUGUGAUUCCAAGCCAUCUACUAAAACUGUUGUUUGAUUCCAAUACAAAUUUUAAAUUAUGCGAAUAUCUCUGCCAUUCAAGCCUAUUUAAUAAUCCUAUUUUUUCAGGAAUUCAAUUAUAUUCUUUGUUAAUAUUUGUUUUUGUCCCCAUACCAAUUUAUUACUUCUCUGUGAGAAUUGCUAGUGACAAAUUAUUAGCUAUUGUAAAAACUAUUCUAAUUAAGUAUUUCAAUAAAUAAGGGAUAAUAGAUCAACAAAGUUUGACAGGUGACAUAAUCAUUGUGAAGUCAAAGGUUUGACAAGUGACAGAUGUAUGGUAACUCUUACCACAUUUACAACACCAUACUUAAAGGGGGCGUGACGUCGCGUGUUUUCGAGGAGAUGAAAUUUCCUCAACUUAAAUUGGUUAAUUCCCUAACACUUCCUUUAUUUAAAUCAAUUUUUGCUGUUAAUUUUUUAUAAAAACAUAUCUAGUGACCCUUUCACUCUCUUAUAGCUUUGGCUAUGUUGUACAUUGUCAAAAACCUAAAAGAUAAUACAGCAGCAUAUAUCGGAAACCCCGUGAAACCCUUCUGUCGACUUCAUAUUUUGAAAAUCACACGAAAUCGAGUCAACGAAAGGUUUUUCCGGUCAACGUCUUGGUGUACAAAUAUGAAUUUUGUCUCUUCGGUGUUUGCAGAAGGUUUAAGUCAGAAUUGCGUUUGAGGCUGUGAAUAUUAUCUCCAAUUAUUGUAUAUAAAAUAAAAUAUGUAGUCGAUUAUUUUUAUUUUUUGAAGAACUACCUUCGCACUAGAAAUGGACGUGCCAUUGACUUAUAAAGUUUAUAGUUUAUGUAUAAUAAAAUAAUUUCACAUGUAAAUAUGUUAUUGUAGGUACUGUUUGAUAAAUAUACAUAUUUAUUUAUUAAA